CUGGCUGCGGGCUUUGCAGAUGAUGGAAGGAUAGAUAGGGCUCCUGGCUGGGGGUUUGCAGAUGAUGGAAGAAGGGGCUUCAGUUGCUAGGACCGGAUCAGGGGUUUAAGCCCAGACCAAAGGGGUCCUUCUCGUUGCGGAGGCGGCCCCAGCAGAGACUGCGACAGUCUGCGCACCUCUUUCCUAUCGCGUCUACUCCCCCCCUCCUCCCCCCCGCCCCCACGUCUGGGAGAUGGCGCUGACGAUGCUGCGGGACUGGUGCGGCUGGAUGGGCGUGAACUCAAAGCGCGCUGUGCUCAUCCUGGGCAUCCCUGACGACUGCGAGGAGGAGGACUUCCAGGAGGCCCUGCAGGAUGCCCUGUGGCCCCUGGGCAGGUACCGAGUGCUGGGCAAUGUCUUCAGAAGGGAGCUUGGGUGCAGGGUCGCCUUGGUUGAGUUUGCUGACAAUUUAAACCGAAAUCUGAUUCCCCGACACAUACCAGGCAAGCAAGAGGACUGGACUGUGAUCUUCCUCCCUCAGGUCUUUGACUCUGAGUCACAGGAUGCACCCAAUUUCCCUGCACAGCCCCAAAGGCAAGCGGUGGCUGGCCCCGCUGAUGGGGCAGGAGCCGCACAGUGGGUUGGAGCUGCAGAUGAAGCAGGAGCCCCCCGUGAGGAGGGAGCUGCAGAUGUGGCAGGAGCUGCAGGUGAGGAAGGACCUGAAGAUGUGGUGGGAGUUCCAGGUGAGGCAGGAUCUGCAGAUGAGGCAGGGGCCGCAGGUGAGGAAGGAGCUGCUGCAGUGUCAGGAGCUGCAGGUGUGGCCUCAGUUGUAGAUCUGGCAGGAGCUGCAGGCGAGGCAGGAGCUGCAGAUAUGGCAGCAAUUGCAGGUGAGCAAGAAGCUGCAGGGAGAGCAGGAGCUGAAGGUGAGGCAGAAGCUGAAGAUAGGUUAGAAGCUCCAGGUGAAGAAUUAGCUGCAGGUGAGGUAGGAGCUGCAGCUGAGGCAGGAGAUGCAGCCGAGGCAGAAGAUGCAGCUGAGGCAGGAGGUGCAGCUGAGGCAGGAGAUGCAGCCGAGGCAGGAGAUGCAGCUGAGGCAGGAGAUGCAGCUGAGGCAGGAGAUGCAGCUGAGGCAGGAGGUGCAGCCGAGGCAGGAGAUGCAGCCGAGGAGGAAGGCUGGAUCCAGCAAUGGAAUCAGGCCCUGAAGCCUGUGCUGGAAAAUAUAGCCUACCAGGAACUGAGAGACUUUUCUGGCAACGAUCAGCCAGGUCAUAAGAAUGAGUCCUUUGAGAGCUGGCUGGACCACGCCAAAGACAUGCUGUACCUGUGGCGCCACAUAUCAGAAAGGGAGCGGCGGCGGAGGCUGGUGGAGAGCCUGCACGGGCCAGCACAGAAUUUCAUGUAUGGCUUCCUGAAUGAAAACCCUGCCAUCUCUGCUCAGGACUGCCUGACAGCGCUGGCUCAGGUGUUUAAGAACAAGGACACCCAGGCGGUCAUGAGGCUGAAGUUUGUGACUUGUGCCCAGCAGCCCCAGGAGAGUCUCUUUGCUUAUGUGAUUCGCCUGGAAGACCUGCUGCACACGGCCAUGGAGAAGGAGGCCAUCCACCCAGGCGUGGCAGACGAGGUACGGAACGAGCAGGUGCUGAUGCGGGCUCGCCCCAACGAGAAGCUCCGGAACAAGCUGAAGAAAAUGCACCUGGAGGGGAAAUCACCCGGCUUCCUGGAGAUGCUUCGGCUCAUUCGGGAGUCAGAGGCGUGUGAGGCCACUCCGACUAUGAGACAGCAGUUUCAGGUGGAAGAAAGGGUCUGGAUGGACAUUAGAGGACUGGCUGCUGCCCAGGCCACCCUAGCUCCUGAAGGUGCUGCCCAGGCUGCCUCAGCUCAUGAAGAUGUUGGCCAGGUCGCCCCAGCCCAUGAAGAUGAAGCCCAGACCGCUACAACCCAUGAAGAUGCAGCCCAGACCGCUAUAACCCACGAAGAUGCUGUCCAGGCCUCCCCAGCCCAUGAAGAUGUUGGCCAGGCCGCCCCAGCCAAUGAAGAUGCAGCUCAGGAUGCCCAAGCCAAUGAAGAUGUUGGUCAGGCCGUCCCAGCCAAUGAAGAUGCAGCCCAGGCUGUCCUUUCUAAGGAAGAUAGUGCUGAGGCCACUCUGGCCAAGGAAGUGGCCACUGAGGCCGGUCCUGCCACUGCUGAUCCUGAUGAGGCUGCUCCUGAAACCCGAGAUGCCACCGGGGCAGACCCUGCCCCUGAGGAUACCACCAAGGCCUCCCCUGCCAUUCAGGGAGAUGAGAGUGCUCUGGCUCCUGCAGGUCUAGGUCAGGCAGGGCCCUCGCCUGCCCACAUGGGCAUUGCUUUCGGGGUGGGCUCAGGAGGUCCUGGCGGUGACCCAGAGGGCCUGGCGCAGGAAGAAGAUGAGGAGGUUGAGGAGCCCCAUGAGGAGGAGCUCAUUCUCUUCCAGGAGGAGUCAGGAAUUGAGGACGGGUCUGGGAAGAUGAGUUUCCCCGAGCCCUCCUUCAAGUAAGCUUGGAAGGCUCAGUGGCCUCCUGUUUUCUGGGGCACCAGAGCCCUGGAGGCAAGGGAAGGCCACCUCACCCCACAUGGGAGCAGGGCCCAGGGAAGGGUCUGCCCUGCCCCUUGGUCCCCCACUACUCCCAAGGGGCCCUAACCACCACCAUCAGACCUUCCAAGUCAUCAAGAUGACCAUACUUGCCACCAAAUGGGAUGAGGAGAGGUGCCCACACAUGGUAGCACCACACCUGGCCUCAGCCCCAGCCCCUGCCAACUUGGGCAGCUGGCCUGGGAGCACUGCCAAGGCCUCCCCUGCCAUUCAGGGAGAUGAGAAUGCUCUGGCUCCUGCAGGUCUAGGUCAGGCAGUGCCUAGGCUGAGCAGCC